AUGGCUGAGUGUUUGCACGCUAUGCGCACGCAGCACGCCGGUCUGCCUGAGAGGAGGAAGACAUCAAACCUGCUCUCCGUUGUCAGGGACCCGGCCCCAGUGGGCUCCAGAACCCGGAACCUGGUGCUCUGGGUCUGCACCCAGUUCAGCCUUCCCACCUCAGACUAUGGUCACCACAGCGGCGAUCCCUGGAGCAGCAGCAGCAGCAGCAUGAGCCAGCAGGGUUACCACGGCAGCAUGCUGGGGGGCGGGAACUCCGCCCACGGCCCCCCCCCAGAGCUCCUCCUACUGCGGGAUUCACCCCCACGACAGACUGACAUCAACUCCAGCCUCCCCCCCAUGUCCAGUUUCCACAGAGGGGGGGGCGGCGGCGGGGGCGGCGGUGGCGGGGGCAAUCACUACAGCACCGCCUCCUGCACGGCCUCCACCAACGGCACAGACAGCGGCAUGGCUAACCGAGCACAGAGCGGAGCAGCCAGCAGCUCUCAAACAGGAGACGCCUUAGGGAAAGCACUCGCAUCGAUCUACUCUCCAGAUCACACGAACAACAGCUUCUCGUCCAACCCCUCCACCCCGGUGGGCUCCCCGCCCUCGCUCACAGCUGCCAGCUCAGCCGUCUGGUCGAGGAAUGGCGGACAGGGAGCGUCGUCGCCAAACUACGAGGCCCCUCUGCACUCUCUGCCGGCCCCUCUGAGGGCGGGGACCGGCUCCUCAUCCUCUCGUGUCCCCCCACAGCAAAGUCGCAUCGAGGACCGGCUGGAGCGUCUGGACGACGCCAUCCACGUGCUGCGGAGCCACGCGGUGGGGCCGUCCACGGGGAUGAGCGGCGGCCACGCCGACAUGCACAGCCUCAUUGGGGCGGCGCACACGCACAACGGAGCCAUGGGCGCGCUGGGCAGCGGCUACGGGACGGGCCUGCUGUCCGCCAACAGACACUCCCUCAUGGUGGGCUCUCACAGAGAAGACGGCGGCAGUUUGCGCGGGGGACACUCCAUGGGCGGUCAGGUGUCGGUUCCUCAGCUGCCCGUCCAGUCGGCCACCUCGCCGGACCUCAGCCAGCCCGACCCCUACCGCGCUCUGUCUGGAGGCCUUCAGGGUCAGAGCACCUCCUCAGUCAGCUCGGAGAUCAAGUCUGAAGACGAAGGAGACGAGAACCUCCUUGAGGGCCCCAAGUCCAUGGACCCCAAGAAGGAGGACUUGGACAGCAAGGAUCUUAAGUCUAUUGAGAGGUCAAGAUCUAGGAACCAGCCUCUGGACUUUGAUGAAGUGAUCAAGUGUGAUGAGAAGCAGCUAAAUGCAUCAGUACAGAGACCUUUCUGUGCCGUGCGCGGCGGGCCUCUCCCGCCUCUCUGGGCUGGGCUGCUCACAGAGGACCGGAGACUCCCGCUGGCCGCGCGGCGCCGCCUUGACCCGCUCGGUCUCUCCACGGCCUUGGGCCUGGUUUUAGCUGCUGCUCACACAACAGACAACAAUGACGACGAGGACCUGUCUCCGGAGCAGAAGAUGGAGCGGGAGAGGGAGCGGCGGAUGGCCAACAACGCCCGGGAGCGCCUGCGCGUCCGCGACAUCAACGAGGCGUUCAAGGAGCUGGGCAGGAUGGUCCAGCUGCACCUCAAGAGCGACAAGCCCCAGACCAAGCUGCUCAUCCUGCACCAGGCCGUGGCCGUCAUCCUCAGCCUGGAGCAGCAAGUCCGAGAACGGAACCUGAACCCCAAGGCGGCCUGCCUGAAGCGCCGGGAGGAGGAGAAGGUCACCGUGACGUCAGACGGGACCCCCCUCUCGCUGGCCGCCGCGCACCACGCCGCCGCCGCCGCCAUGGGCGACGGACCCAACCCCAUGGGACAAAUGUAA